UCCCUGUAUUCCAGUUGAAUUUAACAUUGACCGUCGCACGGUUCGGUUCGCGCAUCCGUGAAAAUGUCAGAAUCCCGUGAAUUUCCCGUGCUUUUUCCGCGGUAUUAUCGCCACGAAUUUCAAGUCGUAAUGUAACCAUAAUCCAAAAAUGAGUAUUUCUCAAGACAGUGCAGCUACCAUCGUGUGUCGAGAGGUUUUCGAUGAAGCUUCCCAUCCCUCGAACGAAGAGGUCGUAGACUAUGCUAAACGCCUGGGAAUUGACCCGGAUGCCGAACCACACCUUCUGGAUCUGGCCCAGGAGGGCCUCAUGGCCGCUUUACCAAAGGGAUGGUCACCCUGUUUCCACGAAGCCACCGGAGCAUGGUAUUAUUAUCAGGCUUCCACGGGAACUACCACCUGGGAACAUCCCCUCGAUGCUGUGUACAAGGGUUUGGUGGAACAGGCCAGGCUGGGUAAUCGGCAGAUUAGCGUUGGUACGUGUUUCAAGGUCACUAGUGAACAAGGCGACACUAUUCAUCCUAUACACUUUGGAUCUAGUUCAUGAGAUACCGAGGCUAACGUUUCGUCACAAUUAUAGUGUAAUUAAAAAAGAAGAUUCGAAGACAACGGCCAAGGACUUGGAGUCCCACGAGGAAGCAACCCUGCCAAAAGAGUCUGCGAAGACUUCCUUACCGACCACGAAGAUUCCAUCGAAGCUGGUACCACUGCGAAAAUCCAAGGUCGACGGACCAGCUAUGCGCAAGAAGGAUCCAAUCUUUGAGAAACAUCGCUCCCGGAAAGAGAGCGAGCCCAGGUCGGAAAAUCUGAGCAGCAUCAGCAGCGACAGAGCUUCGAGAGAUUACACGAAUCUCAGGUUUCAAGAUCCGAAGUUCUACGAGAGUCCAAAGCUCUUGGAUGCCCCGAGGCAGGAAUUUCCGAGGAAGGAACUUGAUCUCAAGGAAGUACUCAAAAGAUCCGAAUCCCUGAGCCCACGAUACGAGAAGGACUGGGAACAGCUAUCCAGUAGAUUCAGCUCCGAGGAGAACAUCAUUGAUAUCGACAAAUUGAGUGUCGCUUCCUUGACGAAAGUCGAGAAGCCGCAGGAGAGAUUCGACAAGGAGAAACAUCCAAGACAGCUUGGCCAGCAGAGGGAACUCACCCUCAGCGGUGGUGGCUUCAUGUUCCUGAAGAGUAACAGGAGCAGGGACACGACUCCGAGUCAGGAGAGUGUCUUGCUCGAGGAUUUUCAAGUAUUUCGAAAAUCUGACGAUACGGGAAACGUGACGUGCGAGAAGCCAAAAUCAAUUCUACGUGAGAAACCAUCCGAGGAUGCUGCCUCGUUAGAGAAUCUUCGGAUCCUUGCAGGCGUGACCGAGUUGAGUAACGCCGUUGGGGAUAGGCCAAAAUCGAUCUUGCGAGAGAAGCCAUCGGAGGACGACGACAGACACAUUGACGAGGAGCGGAAGAGCGUUCGAUUCGAUUUGGAAAAGGAAGUCGACAUUAAGUUCACGUACUCCGGAUCGGAUGACGAUUGGGAAUCUGAAUCCGAAGAGCAGAAUGUUCAUAUAUCGGCCGUAAUUACUCACAAGCAAAAUAGCGAAUAUCAAUCGAUACUCCAGAGACAAAACACAUGGGACUUUGAUUCGAAAACUAGUGCCGACAAUGAGGAAAAUGGGAAUAGGAAUUUAGACAGUGCGAAUAAGGAUGGUUACAUGGAGAGCAGCGUAAACUCAGCGCCGAAAGAAACUAAGGUCGUGGGCAGAAGAUUCGUUGUUCAAAAUGUUUCUGAAAACGAACACUUCCAACAGGUCACGAAAAGUGUAGUUAAUGAUGUCGAGAAUGAUUUUGUCUCUGGGAAAUUCGAGAAUGUGAAAAAUAUUGAUCUUGCGUCAAAAAGUGAAACGGACAGUACGGCCAGGAGUAGCGAUGGCAUGAGAUCGUUACAAUUGGAUGAUAUUCGUAAGAGCAAAGAGAUUAUGUUGGAAAACAUGAAAAUGUCCGAUCGUAGAAUGGAGAGUGAAAUGCAGCGGGAGAAAGAGGAAAUAUAUCACUUGAUGAAGAUCAGGCACGACCUCGAGGUGGCCAAGCAUGAACGAAAGUCAAAGCUAAAGAUGGAAAACUCAAAAAGCAUAGAAGACUUGAAAGCAACGGCGAUUACAGAACAUGACAAGGAAAUGGAAUCUUUGAAGAAAGAAUUUGCGGUUCAAUUGGAACGAGUUAAAAGGGAAUUAGAAGGAAAGUUCCUGGAGCAGAAGCAGCUCUUGGAAGAGAACAUCAAAGUUAAAUUGGAGGAUCUCAGAGAGGAUAUGCUUGACAGAGAGAAGGAGGAAGUUGAGAAAUUGAUAAGUGAGAUGGACCGGGUUAGAUUAGAUAAUUUGAGCAAGGUCAAAGCUGAAUUAGAGGUUUGUUAUGAAAAGGAAAAGCAGGACAUCCUGUCGAACUUGAAGACUGAAUUGGACCAAAAGCGGCAAGAAUUAUUAGAGCUAAGGAAGGUAGAGAUCGAAAAGUUGGAGACCGAGUACGAGAGAUCAUUGGGCGAAGAGAAACUUGCAAAACUCACUCAAUUCGAAUUGAAUAAACAGCAUACAGAAAAAAUCGAGGCACUGAAGAAGGAAUUGGAAAAGGAAUACGACGACCUAAGGGCAAACUUAAGAAUGCAACAGAGAGAGAAGAUUGCCAAGAUCACAGAAGAUCACGAGAAGUGUCUAGCAGAAAUGCUUAAGGAUUUCAGAAUGAGCGAGAGUCUCGCCAGGAAAGGUUAUAAGCAACGAUUGAAAGAUAUAAGGGAUGAUUUUUCGCAAGACGUUGAGAAAGAGGCCAAGAAACAGAAUGAACGGAUCUCGCGUCAGGAGACUGUUGAUUUCGAAAAGAUUCGCUGUGAAAAACGAUUGCUAGAAGAUAAAUAUAAGACGCUCAAAGAGAAGUACCUGAAAUUGAAGAAUGACGUGAGACUCGCAGUGGAACGAAGAAAUAAGAAGAAGGAGGGUAAUACGACAGCAUCAGAAACAGAAAAAUCCACAUCAGCAAGGACGAGAACUGAUCGAACGGAAUCAUCUGAUCAAAAAGACCCGAUCAAAAAAACACACUCGAUCUCAAACUCGAAGCCCGCGGAAGGUCUGAACCAGAAUAUGAGUGGCGCGGAGGAUUCGGACGGUCCCAAAUCCCUCGACUUCCAAAAGCCCAUUGUCUACAUGAAGAACGCGCAGAAGUUCGAAUCGGACGAUACAACGGCAAGCGAGACUAAUUCGAAUCUCUUGAAGAAAAAGAAGACUUUUACGAAAAAGGCGGCCAGUCCUUCGAAACUUAACAACAACCUUGAGAAUCCUGUGGAGAAUAUUAGGAAACAACUGGAGAAACUGGAGGAUCUUGGAGAUCAGUUACCGAGUAACGACACGGCCUAUACACUUAGAUAUCCCUUUCAAGAUAAAGCGCCGGCGACCGCGUCAGCGGAACUGAAAUUCUUCAGACACCGAAUCCACGUGGAAAGGGAUUCCGUGAGAAGAGCUCGAGAGGCAUUGAGACAACAGAGAAGUGCUUUUCAGGGCCAGCAGCGAGCCUGGAAACAACGAAGCGCAAAAUCUACUCUCGAGCAAAUAGUGCAGGAGGAACGCGAACUCUCCGACAUGGAAGUGAGCUUGCACCGCACGAGAAGUCUUCUGGGUGAGAAAGUCAUUCACCUGAGACAUCUGGAGCAAUCUUUGGAAAGAGUAGCUAAUGCUAAAAAAAAUGAGAAUGAUUCUAUGGCGACGAAGAAUGAUGAGUUGACUUUGAGCGAUAUGUCGAGCGCCAGCAGUGGAUUCAGUUCGACGGAUGUGGCAACCGAUACCUUUAUAGAUAAGCCGGACCAUUAUCAAGAGUCAACUGAAAUAAUUGCGAGCCUGGAAAAUCUGAAUUCGGAAAUACGUGAGAUUUGGGGAGUUUUGAAUAAACGUCAGGAUAAUAACAUACCUCCACCACCUACAUUCAUGUAUUCAGAUCUUGGAUGGCUACCUUACCAAGCACUAUCUCCGCAACCAAACAACGUGCAAGCAUUCGGGACUCCAAAUAUCCACUCAAACAUUUUGUCUCAGCUGACUGGCACUCAUCCGCCAAUAACAACCACCCAGAACAUCAUAGCUCAAUACGGACCAAACAACGGUUACACAACCAGCGUGGGCACGGUCGAAAGAACAGUUUCGAACUUGAUGGAAAGAACACGCAAUCUCAGGGAUUGGCUUAGGCAGGCCCGCGUCGAGAGUACGGAUCUAGUCAGUCCGGGUCAAGCUACUCUGUAAGAAAAAAAUUCUCCAGACGAAUUCGACGAUUUGGAAAAUUCAUUUUGGAGCAUUGCGAUGAGGACUAUUCGGUUUCUUAUGGUACCCAGACCUCUUAAAUGUUGAGGCCAGGGACACGCGCAAGAGCACUCAAGUCCUCGAUUCUCAUUUUCGGUUCGAUCUCAACCCAAGUUCAGGCUGCUGUUUGUUACAAUUGUAACCAUGAGUGAAGUAGGUUCAAUUAUCAAUUCGUGAUCCAGUCAAGGUUGAAGAAGUUGUAUUCGGGUCGUCAAAAGUUAUUGUGGUCAGACUGAAAUACUAUCAAUUCCAGAUUACACAGUGUAAUUAAUGAUUCGUUAGAAUUAUGCAAUUAGAAUUGGAAAAUUGUUUAGAUUUUUACAAUUAUGCAUCGUUUUUAGAUUUUUUUAUUUUUCGACGUAGAGCCAAGUUCACUUCCUGAUUAUAAUUUGUAUGCUUGGGCGCGGAAUAUUUAUGAGAUUUCUAAUACAGCCAAUGUCAACCGAUUUCAAUGAACCUCUAGUCUACUCUGUGAUUUGACAUGUAUACGCGGAAAAAUAUAAAAUGCGUAUUUUUCUAUGCGGUGUCCAGAAGUUUCAAGUAGGAAAAAAAAUCUAUUGAUCAACGUGAUCCAAUGCACUUAUAAUGUUAAUUGAACUUGUGCAGUCGUAUCGGCGCACAGAGUGUAACACAUCGGUAUACUCGUGUUGCUAAUAUCAAUUUUGAAAUGUAGAAAAAUUUCGUUUGUAAAUAACCCAAGGCGAUUGUAUAAUACGAAAAUCGAAUGAUUUGUAAAAUCUGUUACACCUCUAUAUAUUUUCGAUUCAUUUUUUUAUGGAUACCGUGUGACAUAUGUUUAUUAUAUUAUAAUAUAUUUCAGAUCAUUUAUAGAUAUAUCAAUGAUAUAGUCAAUGUUUCGUUACGUUGCGCGCGAGAAUGUGAUAUACAUUGAUAUUGAAUUAGGAGUUUGUAAGAUGGCGUUUCGAAAAUCUGUAAAAUGUUUUAGAAUCCUCGGAACUGUCGAUACGGAAACUCGAGAUGCGUUUUGAUUACGGAUAAAAAAAAAGUGCCUUUGUUUUGAGUCACUGCUUUGCGUUUCUAUUCGAACUACGAUACAGACUGUCGUUGUCCGUAUUUUCAAUAUGAACAGGAAAACAAAGUUGAGGGAAUCAUGUGUCUAUUUAUUAAACAGCAACUAUUUACGAUCAUCAUUAUUGAUGACGUUGAGAUUUAUCGAUCAAUUUUAACGCUAUUCGAGUUUCGAACUUGGUCGCGGUUCCAAAGUGUCGUUCAAACCCAAAAACCUUAACUCUAACAUAACCUAACAAUUUCUCGAAUGCCAAACUUAGAGUAAUCGAUAACAUGUAAAGUAUGAUAUGCAUUAUAUGUAUAUGCAUACAUAAUUUAUGUAAAUCAUUACAGGGAAACGAUCAUGGUAUGCCAAAUUUUAUUGGGCUAAUGUAUACAGUCUAUAAUUGAUUGAAUUACCAUUGCAUAAAACAGUUUAAAAAGAUUGGAUUCUCUACCCUGAAAUAUCUACAUAGCUUACGUUAGAGACAGUGAACAAGUAUGAUCUCAUUAGAUAUGUAAUAUACGUAGAGUAAUUGAUGACAGAUAGUGAACCUCGAAAUCUUACAGAAAAGACAAAUGAGACAUUGUACUAAUAAUAGUGUUCAUUUUAUUAGGGAAUGCUAUGAUUCAACAGUUACGUAAUUACAAGAAAUAUCAUUUAUUGUCCUUUACAGAAGAUCAGAAAGUUCAUUGUAGUUUUUCCUUAUUUAACUAAAUUCUAAUAGAAUGUCAGAGUCGUUCUUAAAAAUUUGAAGUAUAGUGUUACAGUAGUACCGUCCUUACUAUAGUGAAUCCGUACCUUCCUUGUAGAAGACUAUAUGUAUAGUCUCUUACAGUAAAUAAGCUAAUGAUUAUACUGAUUAUCCUCGAAUAAAAAUUAUUUCCAUCGGUCUA